AUGGUCAUUGCUGACCGAGUUUGUCGUGCGAUACACACCGUUGCUCAGCGUCGCAGGUUCGCGCCUGCUCCUGCCACGACUGGUCUGUCGCUGCGCUGCUGCUCCCUCGCGUCUUGCAAAGGCAUCGAUGUUGGAUGUGUACUGCUGCUCGGCGCCGCGGCGAGCCUCACGCGAUCGGGUGGCUCAGAGCCAGCCAGCGGCGCCGAGCGCGUUCUUGGCGAGUCACGUCGUGAUCACGGCGAGAGCAAGCGCGCAGGCAAGAUGACUCCACCGGGAAAAAUCCGCGAGCCAGCACGGCGGCUUUGA